UGUUUAGCAGACCUGAAGGAGUGUGUGACGCUCAAAUUGGUCAACCCGGAAGCCCGUGCUGCAGAAAUCUGAGCCAUCUCCGCUCUGUGUAUGUUGGCUGCAUGCUCCGAACCCCAGCAGCUUGAUAAGCUGCACCGCUCCUCUGCACAGCAGCCUGAUAUCAGCUCCACCGCUCCUCUGCACAGCAGCCUGAUAUCAGCUCCACCGCUCCUCUGCACAGCAGCCUGAUAUCAGCUCCACCGCUCCUCUGCACAGCAGCCUGAUAUCAGCUCCACCGCUCCUCUGCACAGCAGCCUGAUAUCCUCUGCACUGCAGCCUAUAUCAGCUGCGCUACUGCUCUUCGCUGCCUGAAGCCCACUGCAAGAUCCUCGGGAACAGGCUGCCACAUCGCAUCAGCGCGUGAAGUCUCUCUUUCUCUCAAAUUGAAGAAGCUCCUAUCCACUGAUUGGAGAUCUCCAACACAACACCAGCACUGGUUGUAGGUACCUUAACAUGGGGAACCUUCUUAAAGUUUUGACAUGCACAGACCUUGAGCAGGGGCCAAAUUUUUUCCUUGAUUUUGAAAAUGCACAGCCUACAGAAGCCGAAAAGGAAAUUUACAAUCAAGUAAAUGUAGUAUUAAAGGAUGCAGAAGGAAUUUUGGAUGAUUUACAGUCAUACCGAGGUGCUGGUCAUGAAAUCAGAGAGGCAAUACAACAUGCUACUGAUGAAAAAUUGCAGGAGAAGGCAUGGGGAGCUGUAGUUCCUCUUGUAGGCAAACUAAAAAAAUUCUAUGAAUUCUCCCAAAGGCUUGAAGCAGCAUUGCGUGGGCUCCUGGGGGCUCUCACAAGCACUCCAUAUUCUCCAACACAGCACCUUGAGCGAGAGCAGGCUCUUGCCAAACAGUUUGCAGAGAUUCUACACUUUACUCUCCGGUUUGAUGAGCUCAAGAUGACUAAUCCCGCUAUACAAAAUGACUUCAGUUAUUACAGAAGAACGUUAAGUCGAAUGAGGAUUAACAAUGUUCCAGCAGAGGGAGAAAAUGAAGUAAAUAAUGAAUUGGCAAACAGAAUGUCCCUAUUUUAUGCAGAAGCCACACCUAUGCUUAAAACCUUAAGUGAUGCCACAACAAAAUUUGUAUCUGAGAACAAGAAUUUACCCAUAGAAAAUACCACUGAUUCUUUAAGUACCAUGGCCAGUGUUUGUCGAGUAAUGCUUGAAACACCAGAGUAUAGGAGCCGGUUUACAAACGAAGAGACUGUAUCAUUCUGCCUGAGAGUUAUGGUUGGCGUAAUCAUACUGUACGACCAUGUGCACCCAGUGGGAGCGUUUGCAAAAACAUCAAAGAUAGAUAUGAAAGGAUGCAUUAAGGUCCUUAAGGAACAACCUCCCAACAGUGUAGAAGGCUUGCUAAAUGCUCUCAGGUACACAACAAAACAUUUGAAUGAUGAGACUACCUCGAAGCAAAUCAAAGCAAUGCUGCAAUAACAACGCCGGUAGCUGUGUAUCUGCUACAGACAGAAGACAGUGUUCUGCAAUGACUGAGAUGCGCAGGAUUCUAGUGAUUGCAAUUACUUCUUUCCCCCCUCGCUAUUUUUAGUUCCUUCUGCUCUCUAUCUUCUUAACCCUUUUUUAAAACUGUGUUCUUACAAUAAGCUCAGUCUUAUUUUUUGUGCCAAAACUGGUGGAAAUCUCACGAUAAAUCCUGGAAGACAGUUAUACGUUUCAGAAUGGCCGUUUCAGUGGCAGCUAUGUAUGCAUUGCAUUUGGUUUUCCCUGUAAGGGAAAAGAUUCUGUGACUUGAACUAAAUAUUUUUAAACUUUAUUAUUUUUAUUUUUUUCAACAAAAAAAAACUAAUUUAAUUUUGCUUUAUCUGCAUGGUGAACUGCCUAUUCCCGCUAUUUAAAAACAAAAAAUGUAAACUUUUUUUUUCUGUUGCAGCUUUUUUUUUUUUUUUUAUUAAUGUGCAGCCGAGAGGAAAAAAAUGAGCAGAAAAGUUUAAAUUAACUGUGUUGUACAAUAAUGGUACCCAGCACAAUGAUUUUUUUGAAUUAUUUAGUAAAGAAAAAAAAAUGUUUUUAGGUUGCAUUUUGACUCAUUUUUGUAAGGAUGUAUGUUGUAUGUUUAAUCUUUGACUAACAUUAAAUAAUGUGAUGUGUGCGUAACAGAAUUACGUAUGCAUGUUUAUGUCAAAUGGAUGGCUGUUUAAAAUAAUAAAAAUCAGCUUUCAUUUU